AUGGGAUCGGUAGUGCGGGUGAAGCAGGACAAGACGGCAGUGGUGGAAAUGGUCUGGAAACAGCGUCAUCGCCUAUAUCGCAAGCAGGUGAGGCGUGUGGCCCGUUUCUACGUACACGACCCGGAAAACCAGUGUCGACUGGGUGACUUGGUCAGGAUAGAAGAGACGCGGCCGAUUUCGAAGACCAAGCACUGGCGGUUGUUAGGGAUACUGGAACGCCGCCAGGUGGCUGAGGUCCGCCCCAUUGAUCUGGAGGGUGAUGCGGUCACUGUGGUGACUGAAUCCGAGCUGGAAGAUGCGGUGCCCGAUAUGGACGAGGACAUUGAUCCUGAACUCCUAGGGCUUCUUGUUACCGGUAACGACGACUACGAGGACGAUGAGGACGACUAG